AUGAUCGUCGAAUCCAUCAACAAAGGCUCAGAUCAUGGCAUUUGCGGAGCAAGCAGAGGCGGAAACCUUGCCAAAUGCCACGUUAUCUUGGCCACGCUCGAUACGUUAUCGCUUUUGCUACAUCGCGGCCGCGUCAAGGCUGAUGUCAUUAUGGUUGACGAUGUCUCGCAAAUGACUGUACCUCAGUUCAACCUCGCGGUGCAGUCCAACCCCACCAUGCGACAUAUGUUCAUAUUCGGCGACCCGUUGCAACAUGGCUCUCGACCCAAAUCACGGUCCAAUUCAUCAGAAUUCGGCGUAGCACUGAACAGGUCACCGUUCGAGGCUUUCUUCCUCCACUCCAAGCAGUGUUGCUACCUCAUGGUCAACUACCGCAACCCGCCCGCAAUCGUCAACACUAUGUUGCCGAAACUCAAGUACCCACGCCUCCUCUCUCUCGGCGACCAUCGUGAUGAUGACAUAAUAGCCAGCGUCGAGAAGUGCAAAGAUGACCGCUCUUUCCUGAACGGCAAGCUUGCCACACUGGACUUGCCUGACAAGCCAUUUGUUUGGGUCGAAGUGGACGGCGAGCUUUCCAAGGAAUACAGCGGUGCGAGCAGCUCUAUUAUGAGUCUCCCGUUUCGUGGAUCUGGUAGUGUCAAGGGUCAGCAGAAGUCCUAUACGGUGCCUCUCGAUUCGCCUUCUCGGACAGCCCGCCACAACCCAGAAGAUAUCGAUACCUGCCUCAACAUCGUUCGCUUCUUAGUAAAGAAAGCCAUGGUCCACCCGACGAAGAUUGUGGUGAUCAGCAAUUACGCCAGGGACGCAGACGUAAUGAACAGACAGCGCCGACGUGAGGAUGAGGCCGGCCAUGGCCGCCUCGUUGACACUUCCGCUUCUUUUGAUCUGCAUGCCGUCCGUAUCUGCACAGUCGACAGCUUUCGUAGUGAUGAGGCCGAUGUGGUCAUCUGGCACUUGGUCGGGGUGGAGCAAAACACGGUACCGUACGUCUCUGAGCCAACGCGAGUGAGUGUGGCCAUGAGCCGUGUCAAACAGCUUAUGUUUCUGGUUGGUCCGCAUCGCAAGCUGAAUCGCAUGCGCCAUGAUAAGUCGCCAGACACUAAGGAGGCUCGAAUCCGAGGCCAGGCGUUGUGGAGGGUGAUGGAUUUCUUCCAAGAGUGUAGUCACAUCGUGAGGCUGGAUGGUAGUGGUGGUUCAAGGCUCGAUGGCGUCCCUGUGACCCGUCUGCUGGAGACAUCGAGCAUCAAUAAGAGGAAGCAUGGGGAUGAGGCGGCGGCACCAAGCAAGAGGCGCGGCACCAAGCAAGAGGAAGCAUGUGGAUGA